ACCGGAGGCCGCCGGUUGUCAGCGCUGAGCACAGCCCCCGGGCAGAGGGACCGACGGCCGGGCGGUGCACACACCGCUGCGCUGGGGAACCCGGACGGACGCAGAGGCGCGGUGCACGGACCGACAGACGGCAGAGGCAGACCCUAGAUGCUGAGGGGGGAACGGGGAGGCAGGCGACCGCAGCGAGGAGCCACAGAUCCCUUGUCCAGGGAACCCCUGCCCGAGUCCCUCCCGCUGCCUCCCUCCAGGGAGCCACGGAGACGGGUGCGGCCUCGCUGCAGGGACCGAGCAUCCUACCACCUCCGCAGUCCUGCCUCCUCGGCGGCUGCCGGUUCCCCUUGCCCGGGGCGCGCGGGGAGGCUAGAAGGGCCGAGGACGCGCUUGGCGCCCCCACCCCCGUCCUCGCACCUCAUGGCCACCGUCCAGGCCGGGGCGCGGGCCACUUUUGGACCCUGGGAUUACGGGGUCUUCGCCCUCAUGCUGCUGGUGUCCACAGGCAUCGGGCUGUGGGUCGGGCUGGCGCGGGGCGGGCAGCGCAGCGCCGAGGACUUCUUCACCGGCGGCCGGCGCCUGGCGGCCCUGCCCGUUGGCCUCUCGCUGGCCGCCAGCUUCAUGUCGGCGGUACAGGUGCUGGGCGUGCCAGCCGAGGCCUACCGCUACGGCCUCAAGUUCAUCUGGAUGUGCCUGGGCCAGUCGCUCAACUCUCUGCUCACCGCGGUGCUCUUCCUGCCCGUCUUCUACCGCCUGGGCCUCACCAGCACAUACCAGUAUCUGGAGCUGCGUUUCACCCGCGCUGUGCGGCUCUGCGGGACCCUGCAGUACCUGGUGGCCACAGUGCUGUACACUGGCGUCGUGAUCUACGCCCCCGCGCUCAUCCUGAAUCAAGUGACUGGGUUGGACAUCUGGGCAUCGCUCCUGUCCACUGGAGCCAUCUGUACCUUCUACACGGCUGUGGGCGGCAUGAAGGCUGUGGUCUGGACUGAUGUGUUUCAGGUCGUGGUGAUGCUAAGUGGCUUCUGGGUGGUCCUGGCCCGCGGGACCGUGCUGGUGGGUGGGCCCCGGCACGUGCUUGAGAUUGCCCAGAACCACUCCCGGAUCAACUUGGUAGACUUUAACCUGGACCCACGGAGCCGCUACACAUUCUGGACUUUUGUGGUGGGCGGCACAUUGGUGUGGCUCUCAAUGUACGGCGUGAACCAAGCACAGGUGCAGCGCUAUGUGGCCUGUCGCACAGAGAAGCAGGCCAAGCUGGCCCUGCUCAUCAACCAGCUGGGCCUGAUCCUGAUCGUGUUCAGUGCUAGCGUCUGUGGCAUCGUCAUGUUCACGGUCUAUGUAGACUGCGACCCUCUCCUUGCAGGGCGAAUCUCUGCCCCAGACCAGUACAUGCCCCUGCUGGUCCUGGACAUCUUCAAGGACCUGCCUGGAGUCCCUGGGCUCUUUCUGGCCUGUGCUUACAGUGGGACCCUCAGCACCGCGUCCACUAGCAUCAAUGCCAUGGCUGCAGUCACCGUGGAGGACCUCAUCAAACCUUGGAAGCCAAACCUCCCACCCCGGAGACUCGUAAUGAUCUCCAAGGGGCUCUCGCUCAUCUAUGGCUCGUCCUGUCUCACGGUGGCAGCGCUGUCCUCACUGCUGGGGGGAGGCGUCCUCGAGGGCUCCUUCACCGUAAUGGGGGUCAUCAGCGGCCCCCUCCUUGGAGCCUUCAUCCUGGGAAUGUUUCUCCCUGCCUGCAACACUCCGGGUGUCCUCUCCGGGCUGGCCGCAGGCUUCGCGCUCUCGCUGUGGGUGGCGGUGGGCGCCACUCUAUACCCGCCCAGCGCCCAGUCCUUGGGAGUCCUGCCGUCAUCGGCCACCGACGGCUGUGCGGUGCCCUCAGCCAACGCCUCUGGCCUCCUGGUCACCAACACCUCCAGCAAGAACCCCCGCCCUGGAAUGGACCCCGGUCGACCCGUCUUAGCCGACAGCUUCUAUGCCAUUUCCUAUCUUUAUUAUGGUGCCCUGGGAACGCUGAGCACUCUGCUAUUUGGAGCCCUCGUCAGCUGCUUGACAGGCCCCACCAAGCGCAGUGCAUUGGGUCCUGGGCUGCUGUGGUGGGACCUUGCACGGCAGACAGCAUCAGUGGCCCCCAAGGAAGAAGUGGAUACCUUGGAUGACAGCUUAGGGAAGGGUGCUGAGGAACUGUCCCCUGGAGCCAAGAGGCCUCCUGACUUCCUGCCCACUGAUGAGGAUCAUCUGCUCUUCCUGGGGCAGAAGGAGGUGAAUGGAGCUGACUCCCAGACCCCCAGCAGUGGACGUGACCGUGGUCAGGACCUUCGAGAGACGGACCUCUGAGCCAGUAGGCGACUGACCACCUGGGAUGGAACCUCGGGGUGGGCCACUCCCAGGCCACAGGAGAACAGCCUCGGGCUCCGAUUGGCUGGACUGCAUCCUAUGCAAAUGAGUAUGGGACUGAAUGUCCCCACCCUAUGGGAAGAGGUGAACCCCUGCCUUUAGGAGGUCAUUUUAUCCAGCCUCCUUCUUCCAGCCAGUCCCUAGCCUUAGGUGCUGCACUAUUGCCCUCUCCUCAAAACGAAGCCAGAUUUUUCUCUACAUACAAUAGAAAGAUGUUGGGGUCCCCUCUGGACAACAUGGGAAAACUCUGGGCCCAAGAUUAGGGUCUGAGAAAGUCUCCAGCACUUCUCUGGAAUAUGGCUGAACCCUAGCAAGGAUUUUGAAGGUCCUCAGGCACAAUCCCCCUGCACCCCAUUUCACAGAUGGAGAAACUGAGGCCUGGAAAGGGACAACAACUUGACCAAGGUCACAGAGCAAACCAGAGAUUCAUUGAGAGUUGGACACCAGCUCUUCCUCCUUCUGCCUCUCUGUUUUCCUCCCUUUGAAGGGUCAGACAUCACAUGGCCCUUGACCUUGGGAGCAAGAGGGGAGGAUAAAGGAGAAAUAAUGUUUUCAGUCUUCCUUUUUGUGCUUGGGCCCUAUCCAUCGCAUCUAUUAAGAACCAUGAACCGGGGCACCUGGGUGGCUCAGUCAGUUGAGCGUCUG